AUGACGAUGGGCGUCGUCGUUGCGUGUACGUCGCUCACCCUUGAAGCCACAUGUGUCGAGGACUGGUUUAUCUGCCCCAACGGCCGUGGAGUCGGCCGGGAUCCUCUGCGCAACUGCGAACACUAUCCUUGCAACAUCACAUUGAACGACGCCUCCGGGCCGUCACGAAACAUGACGUGCUCAGGCGACCCAUUCUUCCAGGUUUGUCCAUCCGGUGACAUUGUGCUCCGAGACUUUGCCAACAACUGCACGUUUUUCCCGUGUCCUCCAUCCUGCGCGAACGAUACGCUCGUGUGCUCGUCAGGAGAUGUCAAGAUUGCCAAUCCCGCGCUGAACUGCACCUUUGAUCCAUGUCCAUUGAUGUGUGCCAACGACACGUUCACGUGCCCACAAACGCUGGCUGUUGUCCGCAGGAGCGCCGCGUUGAACUGUACCUUCAGCCCAUGCCCCCCCGCCGCGGCGUGCUCGACGGAAGCAAGGUAUUGCGCCGCAACCAAGAAGUUCCAGCGGCGUCGAGUCGACCUCGGAUGCGAUUUCGAUCCGUGUCCAAGCAUCAAACCAUCGUAA